UUCUUUAUUUCUGUCUCAGAAAUCUGCUCUGUUGACUGCGGUGCUCACGGUGUCUGCAUGGGUGGAACGUGUCGGUGUGAAGAAGGUUGGGCUGGAGCAUCUUGCAAUCAAAGAGCAUGCCAUCCUCGGUGUGCUGAACAUGGAACUUGUAAAGAUGGAAAGUGUGAAUGCAGCCAAGGCUGGAAUGGCGAGCACUGCACAAUUGCUCACUAUUUGGAUAAAAUAGUUAAAGAGGGGUGCCCUGGCCUAUGUAAUAGUAACGGAAGAUGUACUCUUGACCAAAAUGGCUGGCAUUGUGUUUGUCAGCCUGGAUGGAGGGGAGCAGGAUGUGAUGUCGCCAUGGAAACUUUAUGUACUGACAGCAAGGAUAACGAAGGAGAUGGAUUAGUUGACUGCAUGGAUCCUGACUGCUGUUUGCAGAGUUCCUGCCAAAACCAGCCUUUCUGUCGAGGAUUGCCUGACCCACAAGAUAUUAUUAGCCAAAGUCAGCAAUCACCAUCUCAGCAAGCUGCUAAAUCCUUUUAUGAUCGGAUCAGUUUUCUUAUAGGACCAGAAAGCACACAUGUUAUUCCUGGGGAAAGCCCAUUCAAUAAGAGUCUUGCAUCUGUCAUAAGGGGUCAAGUAUUAACAGCAGAUGGAACACCACUAAUUGGAGUUAAUGUCUCCUUUUUACAUUAUCCUGACUUUGGUUAUACAAUCACUCGUCAAGAUGGAAUGUUUGACUUGGUGGCAAAUGGUGGUGCAUCAUUAACUUUAGUAUUUGAACGAUCACCAUUCCUUACUCAGUACCAUACAGUCUGGAUUCCAUGGAACGUCUUCUAUGUCAUGGACACUCUUGUCAUGAAGAAGGAGGAGAAUGACAUUCCCAGCUGUGAUCUGAGUGGAUUUGUGAAACCAAAUCCCGUAAUUGUAUCAUCACCUUUAUCUACUUUGUUCAGGAUCUCUCCUGAAGACAGCCCUAUUAUUCCUGAGACACAGGUGCUCCAUGAAGAAACUGCAAUACCAGGAACUGAUCUGAAAUUGUCUUACUUAAGCUCCCGAGCGGCGGGGUAUAAAUCUGUACUUAAGAUCACAAUGACACAGUCUGUGAUACCAUUUAAUUUAAUGAAAGUUCAUCUCAUGGUGGCUGUAGUAGGAAGACUUUUCCAAAAAUGGUUCCCUGCAUCCCCAAAUUUGGCUUAUACAUUUAUAUGGGAUAAAACUGAUGCAUAUAAUCAAAAGGUCUAUGGUUUAUCUGAAGCUGUUGUAUCUGUUGGUUAUGAAUAUGAAUCUUGUUUGGAUCUAACAUUGUGGGAAAAACGGACAGCCAUUCUACAAGGUUAUGAAUUGGAUGCCUCCAACAUGGGUGGAUGGACACUUGACAAACACCAUGUAUUAGAUGUUCAAAAUGGAAUCCUGUAUAAAGGCAAUGGGGAAAAUCAGUUUAUCUCUCAGCAGCCACCAGUUGUCAGUAGUAUAAUGGGUAAUGGCCGUCGGCGCAGCAUUUCUUGCCCAAGUUGCAAUGGUCAAGCAGAUGGCAAUAAACUUCUGGCUCCAGUUGCCCUAGCUUGUGGAAUUGAUGGAAGUCUAUAUGUAGGAGAUUUCAACUAUGUUCGACGGAUAUUCCCAUCUGGAAAUGUAACAAGUGUACUUGAACUAAGCAGUAAUCCAGCUCAUAAAUACUAUCUUGCAACUGAUCCAGUCACAGGAGAAUUGUAUGUUUCUGAUACAAAUACAAGACGGAUUUAUCGUCCAAAAUUACUUACAGGAACAAAAGACCUGACAAAAAAUGCUGAUGUAGUAGCAGGGACUGGAGAACAGUGCCUUCCAUUUGAUGAAGCAAGAUGUGGCGAUGGUGGCAAGGCUGUAGAAGCUACUCUGAUGAGUCCCAAAGGAAUGGCAGUAGAUAAGAAUGGAUUAAUCUAUUUUGUUGAUGGAACUAUGAUCAGGAAAGUGGACCAAAAUGGAAUUAUAUCAACAUUACUUGGUUCAAAUGAUCUGACUUCUGCGCGACCAUUAACAUGUGACACCAGUAUGCAUAUCAGCCAGGUACGUCUGGAGUGGCCAACAGAUUUAGCUAUUAACCCAAUGGAUAACUCCAUAUAUGUGCUGGAUAACAACGUAGUGCUUCAGAUUACAGAAAAUCGGCAAGUCCGUAUAGCUGCUGGAAGGCCAAUGCAUUGCCAGGUUCCUGGAGUGGAAUAUACAGUGGGAAAACAUGCAGUGCAAACUACCUUAGAAUCAGCCACCGCUAUUGCUUUAUCCUAUAAUGGGGUGCUUUACAUUACAGAAACAGAUGAAAAAAAAAUAAACAGAAUAAGACAAGUAACAACAGAUGGAGAAAUUUCACUAGUUGCUGGAAUACCUUCUGAAUGUGAUUGCAAAAAUGAUGUUAACUGUGACUGCUAUCAAAAUGGUGAUGGCUAUGCUAAAGAUGCCAAACUCAGUGCCCCUUCUUCCCUAGCUGUAUCACCCGAUGGAACACUGUAUAUUGCAGAUCUUGGAAAUAUUCGAAUAAGAGCUGUGUCAAAGAACAAACCACUGCUGAAUUCCAUGAACUUUUAUGAAGUUGCCUCUCCAACUGAUCAGGAGCUCUAUAUCUUUGAUGUCAAUGGCACUCAUCAGUACACAAUGAGUUUAGUCACAGGAGAUUAUCUGUACAAUUUUAGCUACAGUAAUGACAAUGAUAUAACUGCAGUUACUGACAGCAAUGGAAAUACCCUUCGUAUUAGGCGUGACCCCAAUCGGAUGCCAGUAAGGGUAGUAUCUCCUGACAAUCAAGUCAUCUGGUUAACCAUAGGAACCAACGGUUGCUUAAAAAAUAUGAUAGCACAAGGACAGGAACUAGUCUUGUUUACAUAUCAUGGCAAUAGUGGACUCCUAGCAACUAGAAGUGAUGAAAUUGGAUGGACAACAUUUUUUGACUAUGACAGUGAAGGCAGAUUGACCAAUGUCACAUUUCCAACUGGAGUGGUCACUAAUCUACAUGGAGAAAUGGAAAGGGCUAUUACUGUUGAUAUUGAAUCAUCUAGCAGAGAGGAUGAUGUCAGCAUCACUUCAAACCUAUCCUCAAUUGAUUCUUUCUAUACAAUGGUCCAAGAUCAGUUAAGAAAUAGCUACCAGAUUGGAUAUGAUGGGUCUCUCAGAAUCAUCUAUGCCAGUGGCCUGGAUACACACUACCAAACAGAACCACAUGUUUUAGCAGGUACAGCCAAUCCAACUGUAGCAAAAAGAAAUAUGACUCUUCCUGGAGAAAAUGGACAAAAUUUAGUGGAGUGGAGAUUUCGAAAAGAACAAGCACAAGGCAAAGUCAAUGUGUUUGGCCGUAAGCUCAGAGUUAAUGGUAGGAACCUCCUUUCAGUUGACUUUGAUCGGACUUCAAAGACAGAGAAGAUUUAUGAUGAUCACCGUAAAUUUCUACUGAGAAUCGCCUAUGAUACUUCAGGACAUCCAACUCUCUGGUUCCCAAGCAGCAAGCUUAUGGCUGUCAAUGUUACCUAUUCAUCUACAGGUCAAAUUGGUAGCAUCCAGCGAGGCACCACUAGUGAAAAAGUAGAUUAUGACGGACAGGGAAGGAUUGUAUCUAGAGUAUUUGCUGAUGGUAAAACAUGGAGUUACACGUAUCUUGAAAAGUCAAUGGUUCUCUUACUGCAUAGCCAACGGCAGUAUAUCUUUGAAUAUGACUUACUGGAUCGGCUUUCUGCAAUAACCAUGCCCAGUGUAGCUCGCCACACUAUGCAGACUAUCCGUUCUAUUGGCUACUAUCGGAACAUCUACAAUCCUCCAGAAAGCAAUGCCUCUGUCAUCAUGGACUAUAAUGAAGAAGGGCAGCUGUUACAAACUGCUUUCUUGGGCACAAGUCGGAGAAUCUUGUUCAAAUACCGAAGGCAGACCAGGCUUUCUGAAAUUCUAUAUGAUAGCACAAGAGUGAGUUUUACUUAUGAUGAGACAGCAGGAGUUCUGAAAACAGUAAAUCUCCAGAGUGAUGGCUUUAUUUGCACCAUUAGAUACAGGCAAAUUGGUCCAUUGAUUGACAGGCAGAUUUUCCGUUUUAGUGAAGAUGGAAUGGUAAAUGCCCGAUUUGACUACAGCUAUGACAACAGCUUCAGAGUGACUAGCAUGCAAGGUGUUAUCAAUGAAACUCCAUUGCCUAUUGAUCUCUAUCAGUUCGAUGACAUAUCUGGAAAAGUUGAGCAGUUUGGAAAAUUUGGGGUUAUUUAUUAUGACAUUAAUCAGAUAAUUUCAACAGCUGUAAUGACUUACACAAAACACUUUGAUGCUCAUGGUCGCAUAAAGGAAAUUCAGUAUGAAAUAUUCCGAUCACUUAUGUACUGGAUUACAAUUCAGUAUGAUAACAUGGGCCGAGUAACUAAAAGAGAAAUUAAAAUAGGGCCAUUUGCUAACACUACCAAGUACGGUUAUGAAUAUGAUGUUGAUGGCCAGCUACAGACAGUUUACCUUAAUGAGAAAAUAAUGUGGCGCUACAAUUACGAUUUGAAUGGCAAUCUCCACUUGUUGAAUCCAAGUAAUAGUGCUCGAUUGACACCACUGCGAUACGAUCUGAGGGACAGAAUCACUCGACUUGGUGAUGUUCAAUACCGGUUAGAUGAAGAUGGAUUCCUGCGACAGAGGGGCACUGAGAUAUUUGAAUACAGUUCAAAGGGUCUCCUUACCAGAGUUUAUAGCAAAGGCAGUGGAUGGACAGUGAUAUAUCGUUAUGAUGGACUUGGAAGACGGGUUUCCAGUAAAACCAGCCUGGGACAGCAUCUUCAAUUUUUUUAUGCAGAUCUCAUAUAUCCAACAAGAAUAACUCAUGUGUAUAACCACUCAAGCUCUGAAAUCACGUCUCUCUAUUAUGACUUGCAAGGACAUUUAUUUGCUAUGGAGAUUAGCAGCGGAGAUGAGUUCUACAUUGCCUCAGAUAAUACUGGAACCCCACUGGCUGUUUUCAGUAGUAAUGGUCUAAUGCUGAAGCAGAUUCAGUACACUGCCUACGGUGAAAUCUAUUUCGAUUCUAACCUUGAUUUCCAGUUGGUGAUAGGAUUCCAUGGAGGUCUUUAUGACCCACUAACCAAACUAAUUCAUUUUGGUCAAAGAGAUUAUGACAUAUUGGCAGGCCGUUGGACUACACCUGAUAUUGAAAUUUGGAAAAAAAUAGGGAAAGAUCCAGCUCCCUUUAACCUGUACAUGUUUAGAAAUAAUAAUCCAGCCAGCAGAAUAAAUGAUGUGAAAGAUUAUAUCACAGAUGUUAACAGCUGGCUGGUGACAUUUGGUUUUCAUCUACACAAUGCGAUCCCAGGUUUCCCUGUGCCUAAAUUUGAUUUAACUGAACCCUCCUAUGAACUUGUGAAGAGUCAGCAAUGGGAUGAUGUACCGCCGAUUUCUGGAGUGCAACAAGAAGUGGCAAGGGAAGCAAAGGCUUUCCUAUCCCUAGGAAAAAUGGCAGAAGUCCAGAUCAGCAAGCGCAGACCUGGUAGUGAGAAAUCCUGGUUAUGGUUUGCAACUGUGAAGUCUUUGAUUGGAAAAGGAGUAAUGCUUGCUGUCAAUCAAGGCAAAGUACAGACCAAUGUGCUUAACAUUGCAAAUGAAGAUUGUAUCAAAGUGGCAGCUGUUCUCAAUAGUGCAUACUACCUGGAAAACCUGCACUUCACUGUUGAGGGAAAGGACACACAUUAUUUCAUUAAAACCACCUCACCCGAGAGUGACUUGGGCACGCUGAGAUUGACAAGUGGCCGGAAGGCACUGGAGAAUGGCAUCAAUGUCACAGUUUCCCAGUCCACUACUGUAGUGAAUGGCAGGACUCGUAGGUUUGCUGAUGUUGAAAUGCAGUACGGUGCACUGGCUCUUCAUGUCCGCUAUGGCAUGACGCUUGAUGAGGAGAAGGCACGGAUAUUAGAACAGGCUAGGCAAAGGGCUCUUUCCAAUGCCUGGGCCAGAGAACAGCAACGAGUGAGAGAUGGAGAGGAAGGGGCCAGGCUAUGGACAGAAGGGGAAAAGAGGCAACUUUUGAGUGCUGGAAAAGUUCAAGGAUAUGAUGGGUACUAUGUACUCUCUGUUGAGCAAUACCCCGAAUUAGCUGACAGUGCUAACAAUAUACAGUUUCUUAGGCAAAGUGAGAUUGGAAAGAGGUAACACAUUGGUUGAGUUUGGCUUGCCAAAGAGACGGAUCUUGUGCCAGUGUCUUCUAAGAGGGGAGACCAAAUAGUUUGCUGCAUUAUUACUUGAGCCUAAAUGUACAUCUUUGCUCAGAUUUAUCUGUAGCACAAUCUGAAUGGACUCUACAACAAAGAGAGAGCCUUCCAGAAGAAUGAUAAUAUUAAAAAGAAAAACUGGAGUUGUGUUUUUUUUCUGAAUGACCUUAAAGGUGAUCUGCUUUAAAGAAUAUGUUUACAUAUGCAUAUCGCUGCACUCAAGUUGGACUGAAAGUACUAAAAAAAAGAUCUAAAGAGUUGCCAACUGGCUGACUAUUCCAGUAACUAAAAAAGAAAGCGAUAACAGUGUUUCCAAAUAUUACUAAAUUGUUGACUUUUGCUUACAAGAAUUAGUCUUUUUUCCUCCUCCUCUUCCUUCUCCCCCUUCCUCCUCCUCUCCUGCUCACUCCCUUUCUUUGCCUAGGAUGUGGUAUAUAAUCUCUGUUCAUGUUAAGAGGGGGACAAAACUUUUUGUGUAUGGACACCCCAAUGGCUUUAACAGUGGUGUUUUUUGAAAGGACACUGGCACAAGCAAUUUAUUCUACAAUCAAAAUUUGGUAAUGGAUUUUACGGUGAUCAUGGGGUUUACCUUGGGGAAAAUGGCAAAUAGAAUUCUUGUCACAGAGAAGCAAAGGAAGCUUGAUUUUUUUGUAAAUUAUGUGAGACAAGUUGUUUAUGGAUUUUUAUAUGAAUUACAAUUUACUGUACAUCAAAUAUUAGUCUCAGAGGAGUUAAUUUAUGUAAAGUGUUUAAAAAAGUUUAUACUU